UUACCUGCUAAUGGUGACGUUAUGCCAUCGUGCAAUCAGCUGAUAGUCCACUCAACAAUCCCAAAUAAAUUAUUUUUCCAGUAAAAAAAAAACAACCGCAUGUGCAUUUCCACGAUAUUACUCCGAGGAACAAUUUUCCAGCCACUCAUGUAAAUUUUUGCCAUUUCGGACACUCGUGGGAUUGUUGGGGGUUGAGCAAUGGGUAAUGCAGGCAGCAAUCAGCAAGUUGGUCAUCAUCAUGGCAGUACAGUGACCAAAGACACUCACAGACACAGCAAAGAACAACCGCCGCCUUCGCCUAGCAAAGAGGGGCAGGCAUUUACUUUUGCUAAGAAACCUAGCCAAAAGCUUGUCUUCCAGUCGUCCCAUGAGGAGGAAGAGCCAUAUUUUACUAAGGAGGGUGAUGACUUUCAAAGACCCCGAUCAAACACUGUCUCGGAAGGGACUAAAGUCGCUGACAGCAAGGUCUUGCCCACAGUAUUCAAGUGGGAAGGUGGUGGCAAACAGGUAUACAUAAGUGGUACAUUCUCAGGAUGGAAAACAUUGCCAAUGGUCAAGAGCCAUGGUGACUUCGUCACAAUUAUCGAUCUACCUGAGGGUGAGCACCAGUACAAAUUCUUCGUCGAUGGAGAGUGGAGGCAUGAUCCUGGCCUGAAAAUUGUUGAUAACGGCUUGGGAGCGAAGAACAAUCUUGUCUCCGUGAAGAAAUCAGAUUUUGAAGUUUUCCAAGCACUUGCCAAAGACAGUGAGGGAAUUAUAAGCAGUGCCCAAACAGAGUAUGGACAGGAGAUACCGACUCAGAAGCCAUGGGAAAAAGUUGCUGGGCCACCUAUCUUACCACCACACUUGUUACAAGUUAUUUUAAACAAAGAUACUCCACUAUCUUGCGAACCCACUCUUCUACCCGAGCCCAACCACGUGAUGCUGAACCACCUGUACGCUCUGAGUAUCAAGGACAGUGUGAUGGUUCUCUCAGCGACCCACCGUUAUCGAAAGAAAUAUGUAACGACACUUCUUUAUAAACCAAUUUAAGUAACUUGAAUUUUAUUGCCAUAUGAUGUGUGUGGUUUAAUCGAUGCACGACAGUUACGACUCGAGAUGUAACAGCCUCUACGGGUCUCGUGAAUAUACAAAUUUUAGAUUAAGGAAUCAUGUGAAUUUUGUAGGUACGAGGAUAAUAAUGCUUAAUACGAUUUAAAAGAAGAAUGGGGUAUGGAUUAACCGGGGGAGUUUGUUGAAAUGGUAAAAAUAACGUUUAUUUCGAAAUAUUUAUUUAAUGAAAAGUGUUUUGAAGCGAUUUAUUGUGAUUGAAGAAACAUGAUAUGAAUGAAUAAAAUUUAAAUAUCAAGGGGAUGAUAAA